GCCAUCUGCUCAGGGCUCAUUCAGGAUACGUGGACAAAGGACCUACUUCGUCGACCUCCAAUUGUACAGUAGCUUGAGUACAGCGUGUACUUUCCAUAUCUCAAGUUUCCCAACUGUAGUCAUAGUGAAGUCAUGACCGCUGCAGUCUAAUGACUCGCACCACAUGCCUACACGUGGCCACAUGUUGGUACUAUCUGCUUGUCGGACAAAGAGUAUGGCACCCCCAUUCAAACUAUGGAUCGUAACAAUAUCAUCCUUGAUGCUUAGUACCACAUCCCCAUGGCAAGCUUCUCAAUGGACUAUAGACAAUGGACAGGUCUAUCAGUCGACGUCUCAUGUACUGGACCCAGCCCUUGGGCAAAUGAUAUAUCACAUGUAUGGAACUUAGUCUAGAGUCCAUCAUCCUAUUACCAGUAGUCUCAGAGGCAACUUGCAACUGUCUGGAGAACCAUUCAUAGCCACUGUAUCAUUUUCC